AUGAUGCCUGUGACACCCACCCGUGGCAGUCCCGCGGUGUCCUUGCUCAGCCUAAUGAGGGAAACUCAAACAGGUCGUCCCACAUGCUUCUCCAGUCUCUCCCUCUCGGCGGGUCACCUCUCUGCGUCUCCCCUCCCACUCCCCCCUCCCCUCGGGUCAGGGAUGGGGGUCCAGGCCUGGUUCUGGGAUGAAACCUUCUCAGCCCACUACCUGGCCUUUCUGAAUGCCAAGGCAACCACCGUUCCCUGUGACUCUGCUGCUAGUUCAGUUCCGUUUGGGGGGUCAUUUCGGGCUGUGCGAGAGAUCAAAGUCCAUGAUGAAUACAAGGUCUCCACCCAGACGCUACACCACCUCUGCUGCGGAGACCUGUCCUGCUCCACCCAACGGCUACUCCACCUCUACUACUGCUUAUAA